AUGGUAUUUAGGUCAUCUGAUAUGACUAGAAAAGUAUGUUUGAAUAUAAAAGUGAGGUUUGAAAAUCAUUCAACCACUCUUGAUUUGAUCCGGAUUCCUAUGAAGGGUUUGAAGGUGAUUAUCAAUAUGGAUUGGUUAAUGGAAAAUAAUGCCACUUUGGAAUGUGCUAGGAAGACAAUUUUAUUACCGAUACAUACUACAUUGACUAACAUUCCUAAUGACUCUAAGUUCUUAUCAGUGGUACAAGCAGAGAAAUUGAUGCAACAAGGGUGUAUGGCUUAUAUGAUUUUCUUCUCAGUGCAUGGGGUCUACGAUGAAAGUAUUGAUAAGAUUAGGGUAGUGAAUGAAUUUCCUGAGGUAUUUAUGGAUGAUAUAUCUGAUUUGCCUCCAGAAAGGGAAGUGGAAUUCACCAUAGACUUAGUGCCAGGAACUAAACCAAUCUCAAAGGCACCAUACUAA